AUGAUAAAUUAUAAUCAACGUUCGCUUUUACUGGUGAUAGUAUCACUUUUCUAUUUAUUAAUAUUCAAAGACACUUCAAUAUUUGUUCAAUCAUUACCAUAUGAGGCAUACCCAGUGAAUAAACAAUUACCUCCUGUUGCAAGAAUUAAUGAACAAUUCCAAUUCCAAAUAUCAAAUGAUACGUACAAAUCUAACGUAGAUAAAUCUUCACAAAUAUCAUACCAAACUUUCAAUUUACCAAGUUGGUUAACGUUCAAUUCAGAAUCUCGUACAAUUUCUGGUACACCUUCUUCUUCAGUUUUACACAAUGACAUUGAUACAUUUUAUUUCAAUUUCAUCUUGGAAGGUACCGAUUCGGCUGAUAACAUGGCUAUAAAUAAUACAUAUCAAUUAGUAGUAACAAACAAAAAAAGUAUAGAAAUAGCCUCAGAUUUCAAUUUACUAGCUCUUUUGAAAAAUUAUGGUAACACUAAUGGGAAAGAUGGUCUAAUCAUAUCACCCAAUGAAAUAUUUAACAUCACUUUUGAUAGAUCUGCCUUCACAGAUAGAGAUUCCAUAGUAGCAUUUUAUGGUCGUUCCAAGCAAUAUAAUGCUCCAUUACCAAAUUGGUUAUUUUUCGAUUCAAAUACUUUGAAAUUUAGUGGGACUGCUCCCGUUGUCAAUUCUUUAAUAGCUCCUGAAAUGUAUUAUGAUUUAACUUUGAUUGCAACCGAUAUCGAAGGUUACGCAGGUAUUGAAUUACCAUUCGAAUUAGUUAUUGGGGCUCAUCAAUUGACUACAUCCAUUCAAAACACUUUAAUCAUUAAUGUCACUGAUUCAGGAACCUUUAAUUAUGACAUCCCAUUAAAUUAUAUAUUCUUAGAUGAUGAAGAAAUCUCAUCUAGUGAUUUAGGAUCCAUUCAAUUAGUCGACGCUCCAAAUUGGGUCACUUUAAGUAAUUCAACAUUAUCAGGAUCAUUACCUAGCGAUCUAUUAGAUUCUUCAUAUAAUGGUACCUUCUCAGUUUCUGUUUACGAUAAAUAUGGUGAUGUUAUUUAUUUAAACUUCGAAGUAGUUUCCACUACUGACCUAUUUGCUGUAUCAUCGUUGCCAAAUAUUAAUGCCACUCGUGGUGAAUGGUUCCAAUCUAGUUUUUUACCAUCACAAUUCACUGAUUUUGAUAACACUAAUGUAUCAAUUUUCUUCCCGAAUACCACCGAAACUCAUGAUUGGUUAAGUUUCCAACUAUCAAAUUUGACUUUACAAGGUGAUACCCCAAUGGAUUUCAUCUCUUUGGAAUUAGGUGUCAAAGCAGAAAAAAAAUCAAAAUCUCAAGAUUUAACUUUUACAAUUAUAGGUAUGGAUCCUAAAUCUAAAAAUCAUUCAUCAUCAUCGUCAACUACUACUAAAAAUAGUACUUCCAGUCAUUCGUCAACAGUAAUAACAACACGUUCUUCUUCCACUUCUUCAUCCCAUUCUUCAACGUCAUCUUUCACAGCCACAAUAACCUCCUCCUCCUCCUCCUCCUCCUCCUCAUCGUCAUCGUCUUCAGCAGCAGUAGCAGCAGUUACUAGAAACACAAAUAACUCUAAUUCUAAGACUAUUGCCAUUGCAUGUGGUGUCGCCAUUCCAGUUGGUGUUAUAAUUAUCGUAAUUAUACUAUUUUUCUUAUUUUGGAGACGCAAAAAUGAGAAAAAGAAUUCUGAUAAUGAAAACAAAAAUAAUGACAUAGAAAAUGGCCCACCAUUUGCUCCAGUUACUCCUUUGAAUAAUCCAUUUGAUGAUGAUGAUGAUAAUGAUGAUAAGAAGAAUAAAGACCCAUCGAUGAGAGGUAUCUCUGAUUUACGUGAGCUACCAUUAGAUAAUUCAUCCUUUUCAAGCAAUUCUUCUCGAUCUUCAUCAAUUAAUGAUGAAAAAUUACCUUAUAAUGAUCCAUUAAAUUCACAAAGUCAAGAAAUCUUAAUACCAAAGACAGAAUCUCAUAAUAGUUUAAUCUUUGAUCCUAAUAAUAUGUCAUCAUCAUUAUAUAUGAAUAUGCUUCCAUCAAAUAAAAAAUCAUGGAAAUAUAAUUCAAAAUUAUCUCCUACGAUAAUAUCACAUUCUAAUAGAGACAGUUCUAUUUCAUUAAAUACUGUCACCACUUCAGAAUUAUUAAAUACUGAACUUUCAAAUGAUUCACCAAUACCGAAAGAUCCUAAGAAAUCUACAUUAGGUUUAAGAGAUUCUGUAUUUUGGAGUUCAAACUCAAUGAAACAACAAAAAGGAAUUUCAACGAUGACUCCAUCAUCAUCGAUAUCAUUCACAAAUAAUAGUAAUGGUAAAAACAAUAAUAAAAAUAAUAAUGUUCUACCAUCAUUAUCGGAAUUAACAUAUCCUGAACCAGCAAGACAUGCAAGCAAUAAUGAUAACCAAAGUAAUCGAACACCACGAACUGUAGUAUCAUCUUCUUCAAGUGAUGAUUUUAUUCCAGUUAAAGAUGGAAAUAAUUUUAAAUGGAUACAUUCCAAUGAUGUUAAUAGGAAACCAAGUAAGAAAAGAUUAGUAAAAUUUCCUAAUAAGGGUAUAGUUAAUAUUGGGCAAGUGAAACAUUUUGAAGGCCAUGUCCCAGAAGAAAUAUGA